AUGCAAAGGGCUGCUAGUGAACAAUUAAUUAACAAUAUUAAUUUUAAUUUUACUUGGUUUAUGUGUGAUUGUGAUGAAGCUUUGGCUUCUGGUUAUACAAAUCAACUAUUUGUCAACUUGCAUGUUGAUGCUAUAAUAGGCCCACCUUGCGUUACAUGUAAUAAUUUUGAGUUAAAUUAUUAUGGAUAA